AUGCCAAUCAAAAGAGGGCAUGUUGCUCCUCAGAACACAUUCAUCGACACACUAAUACAAAAGUUUGAUAGUCAAGGUCGGAAAUUUUUGAUUGCUAAUGCUGUUCUACCUGGAGCACCAAUUAUUUUCUGCAACGAUGAGUUUUGCUCCCUUUGUGGAUAUUCAAGGGCUCAAAUUCUACGUCGUUCUGCCGCUCUGGAAUUUCUAUAUGGACCAUCGACUUCAUUCGCAUCUAUCAAGGAUUUGAAAACAGCACUGUCAGAUUAUGAGGAGAAGGUGAUCAUGGCUAUUCUUUGCAACAAAUCAGGCAAUCAAUUUAUUUGUCAAAUAACAGUUGCUCCAGUACGUAAUGCAGAAGGUCAAGUUCGCCUAUACAUUUUAACUUUUGUGGUUAAUUCUGAAUUUAGAAAAACAAAAAGUACAAAUCUCCCUAGUAAAACAAGCUUAACAAACGAUAGGAAAACGAGUAAAAAUUAUCAACGACAGCUGUGUUGUAUUCCAGUCAAUGAUACAGUUGGUGAAGAGUCUCGAACAAUUAGUCAAUUAACUAAUGUUCAUGAUCACAAGGAUGAACUUGAACAACCCAUUUCUAGAUGUGAACUAGAAAACUCAACUUCUGCAAACUCUACAGAACGAGAUUUAAGUUGCACAUGCUUAAUGCAACCAGGCGAAUUGAAACAACCUCUACCUCGAUCUAAUUCUCUUGUGAGCAUUUCCCCAAAUGUCCCGAAAGAACCAAAAAGAGGUCGUAAUUAUUUAGUUUGCAGAGGACAUUCUAUUGUGAGUACAUCUUCACAUAUGUCUAGAGGUAAUUCACUCAUUGGUCUUUCUCGUGGAUGUGGUGGAAUUGUGGUGAAUACCGACUCAUGGAGCGCAUCCCGUCGUCAUGUUUCAGAAAAAGUUGCUGAGAUGCUUUCCAUGGGUCCUGAAUUAAAUCCAGAACAAAAACUACACUCUCCACGUAUUCAUCCAUUCACUUUAAAACAUUAUGGUCCUAUUAAAGCAGUUUGGGAUUGGCUUGUUCUUCUUUUUGUAAUUUAUACAGCUGUAUUCACGCCUUAUGCAGCAGCGUUCCUACUUCCUGAUGCUAAGCGAAAAAGAAGACACAAUGAUGGCUGGGGUCGAUAUAGUGGUCUUACAUCGUAUCAGAAUCCAUUACAAAUUAUCGAUUUAUUUGUAGAUAUAAUGUUUAUUGUGGAUAUAUUUAUUAAUUUUCGUACAACUUAUGUGAAUAGAAAUGAUGAAUUAAUUUCACAUCCUGGUCAAAUUGCUAUACAUUAUUUUAAGGGUUGGUUUCUAAUUGACGUAGUCGCAGCCAUACCAUUUGAUUUAUUAUUAUUCGGUGCUGAAACAGAUGAGAUGGCUACAUUAAUUGGUUUAUUGAAAACUGCACGUCUUUUACGUUUAGUACGCGUUGUUCGUAAAUUAGAUCGUUAUUCUGAAUAUGGUGCAGCUGUUCUUUUAUUACUCAUGGCUACAUUUGUUUUAAUUGCUCAUUGGCUUGCAUGUAUUUGGUAUGCUAUUGGUAAUGUUGAACGUCAACAAUUCAAUGUACGUAUUGGUUGGCUUGAUCAAUUAGCUGAACAAAUUAAACAACCAUUUGGUAAUCGAUCAACACUUGGACCAAGUAUUAAAUCAAAAUAUAUUACAGCAUUAUAUUUUACUUUUUCAAGUUUAACUUCAGUUGGAUUUGGUAAUGUAAGCCCAAAUACUAAUUCGGAAAAAAUAUUCUCUGUAUGUGUUAUGUUAGUUGGAUCUUUAAUGUAUGCUGGAAUAUUUGGACAUGUAAGUGCUAUUAUUCAACGUUUAUAUAGUGGGACUGCUCGUUAUCAUGCUCAAAUGGUACGUGUUAAAGAAUUUAUUCGUUUUCAUCAAAUACCAAAUCCAUUAAAACGACGUUUAGAAGAAUUUUUUCAACAUGCAUGGUCAUAUACAAAUGGUAUUGAUAUGAAUUUAGUAUUACGAAGUUUUCCUGAAUGUUUACAAGCUGAUAUAUGCUUACAUCUAAAUCGAAAUCUACUUAAUACAUGUUCACCAUUUAAAAAUGCAAGUCAAGGUUGUCUUCGAGCUCUUGCAUUAAAAUUAAAAACAACACAUGUACCACCUGGUGAUACACUUGUUCAUAAAGGUGAUGUAUUAAAUUUUUUAUGUUUUAUUGCUCGUGGAAGUAUUGAAAUUAUGAUCGGUUGUGAUAUACUUGCUGUAUUAGGACAAGGUGAUGUAUUUGGUGAGAAUCCAACAGAUUUUAUUAGUAUGGGUCAAUCAAAAUAUAAUGUGAGAGCAUUAACUUAUUGUGAUUUGCAUAGAAUUCAACAAUUAGAAAUAACUUUUGAUUUACGUGAUUAUUCGGAUCCAUGCAUUCUUAAUCCGGAAUUAAUCCAACCAUCAGAUAAACCCGUUAAAUAUUCCUCACCUAAACAUAUUAGCAUAUCACAUCAAACCAAUGCUUAUGUUGGUGACAAUAACAAUGACGCUGAUGAUAAUGGUGGUGUAAGUAAUGACAAUUCUGAUUAUGAAGAAGAUUUUGACGAAUGCUUUCAACUUCAUGAAAUAAAUGAUAUUCGUAACAUACAUAGUAUGCCUUUUAUUGAUUGUUACUCAAAUGAUCAAUCACCGAUUGUUCGGACAAAGCCGUUAAUUAACCCAAAUAUCUCAUCAACUAAAUCAUUUGAACAAAUUAAUCGGUACAACAAUAUUUAUACAUGUGAUCCUAGUGUGUUUUCAUUUACUAAUGAUAAUAAUAAUGAACUGGACAUAGUUGGUUUGUCGUCAAGAAAUAAAAUAAUGUACUAUCCUAUUCAUGAUAAACAAUCAAUAGUCGAAGAUUCAGUUGAUACUUCACAGCCAUCAUCUGCGACAACUCAUCCGAUUCAUUCCUUAAUUAAUAAUUCCAAGCCUUGUGAAGGAUCAAAUCCUGUUGAAAAUCAAAGUUUGGGUAGAAUUAGUUCAUCCGAUAUCAUUGUAAAUUUGUUAACACGUCUUAGUUCAAUGGAAAACAAUUUGUUAUCAUUAGAAAAGAAAUUGAACACUGAACUUAAUCAACUAUCUCAAUUAAUUGAUAUUUAUUCAUCUUGAAUAUAAAAUAAUCAUUUAAAUGAUUCAUAUAGAAAGAAAUUUUCUUAUCAUUAUUUCUAUAUCAUAAUAUAUUAUGUAAUAAGAAUUUUUUUUCCCAUUUUAUUCAGCAUUUCAUAUUGUGUAUAAUGUUUUUCUCAUACUAGUAGUAAUGUACAGUUUAACGAGAGUUUAAUAAUUCAAGGAAAACAUUAUAAAUAUUUAUUCAGAAAAACAAAUGCAUGUUUUGCUCCUUUCACUGUUUAUAAUAAUAAUAAUAAUAAUAAU